GCUGCCCCCGUCAUCGUGACUUCUGCCUGGAACAUGUUGCUUAAAGACUAGUACCUUCUUUCCCCUCAUUUACCUAUUCCAACAAUUAUCCAAAAUCCAGGGCUCACUUUCACUGUUCUCCACGGAUGGAAUCAUUUUAUUUUUUGGAGGUUCUUUUCUUUCUCUAACGGAUUUGUUCGCCAUCAACACCUCACCAGAUAAGCGCAGUGAUAAGAAUCUCGGGUUAAAUCCGGCCAGGGCUGUCACUCAACCGUAUCCGAGGCUACUGAUUGGACAUAUCUCAAUAUGUAUUUGCAUAUCCCCGCCCGUCGAGUGGUUCUGCAGUGGUUGGAGAAGGCUUGUGCGAGCGAGCUCUCAAAUUGCGCGCACUAAGUUGGAAAGGCUCUGAGACUCCGGAGGAAGAUUCGCCUGUUGACUGUCGAACGAGUGAAAAGAACUGCUACAUUACACAUGUGCGCACCUCUGCUCAAACGGUUUCUCGUUAAUAAUUUAGCCUGACUUUCUUUGUGCGCGUGAAUGUAGCCAGUCUUUUCUGUUCAUUCCGUUAAACGCAAGGCACAGCCCACAAUUAUGAGGUGCAGCCAUGGCAGGCAAGGGUAAGGCAGCCGCGAGGACGCUGGAGGAUUUGACGCUCGAUUCCGGUUAUGGUGGAGCGGCGGACUCGUUUAGGUCGUCCAGCGUGUCGCUCUGCUGUUCCGACACGCACCCGUCGUUUCCGCAUGGGGGAAACUGCUGGCAUCUGACCGAAUCCAUGCACAGCAGACACAACAGUCUGGACACGGUGAACACCGUGCUGGCGGAAGACACGGAGAUCCUCGAGUGCUCGGGCCAAUGUGCCAAGCUGCCAGAGCUCGAGGAGGUGCCGUGGAGCGUGGCCGAGGUGGAGGGCGCGCUGCGGAAAGACGACGAGGUGGUGCGCUCAGCCGGCGCGUCUCGCGAGAUCGUGGCCAAGCUGUCUGCGCUGCUGAGCCGCGCGCUAGUCAGGAUCGCCCGUGAGGCGCAGCGUCUGAGCCUGCGCUACGCCAAGUGCACCAAGCACGAGGUCCAGAGCGCCAUCAAAGUGGUGCUGUCAUGGACCAUCUCCGCCAACUGCGUGACUGCGGCGCUCGGUGCGCUCUCGCUGUACAACAUGAGCACGGGCGAUCGCUUCAGCCGAGGCAAGUCGGCGCGUUGCGGUCUCGUCUUCUCCGUGGGCAAGUUCUUCCGGUGGAUGGUGGACAGUCGUGUGGCUUUGAGGAUCCACGAGCAUGCCGCCAUCUACCUGACCGCUUGCAUGGAGACCCUCUUCCGCGAGGUGUUCGGUCGCGUACAGAGGAGCGCACUCGUGGAAAAGGAGAACGGAGUUCCCAAGCUCACAGUCGAGUCCCUGGAACAAGCGAUCAACAACGACUCAGAGCUAUGGGGUCUGCUGCAGCCCUACCAGCAUCUCAUCUGUGGCAAAAACGCAAGCGGUGUGCUGAGCCUGCCGGACAGCCUGAAUGUACACCAUGAUCAGCAAAGAGGGGGGAAGAAUGCAGAAGGUCAUGUCUUUACCCAGGCUGAACUGCGCACCAUUGAACAAUCUCUCCUGGCCACCCGUGUGGGAAGCAUUGCUGAGCUAAGUGAUCUGGUGUCUCGCGCCAUGCACCACCUCCAGCCCCUCCACAUCAAGAGCCCGACCAAUGGCACGCCGGUGCACCAGAACCGUGGAGGACCUAUACAUUGGGAACCGGAGGCUCUGUACACCCUCUGCUACUUCAUGCACUGUCCCCAGAUAGAGUGGGAGAACCCCAACGUGGAGCCGUCCAAGGUCACCCUGCACACAGAAAGGCCGUUCAUCGUGCUGCCUCCACUAAUGGAGUGGAUUCGGGUGGCUGUAGCACACACUGAGCACCGGCUCAGCGUUUCUGUAGACAGCGAUGAUGUGAGACAGGCUGCUAGACUGCUCCUGCCUGGAGUGGACUGCGAGCCACGGCAGCUAAAAGCAGAUGAUUGCUUCUGUGCCACACGAAAGCUGGAUGCAGCCUCCACAGAGGCCAAGUUUCUGCAGGACCUGGGUUUUCGGAUGCUCAACUGUGGUCGCACUGACCUUGUCAAGCAAGCGGUCAAUCUCCUGGGACCUGACGGCAUAAACAGCAUGAGUGAACAGGGAAUGACCCCGCUUAUGUACGCAUGUGUCCGUGGUGACGAGGCCAUGGUACAGAUGCUGCUGGACGCUGGGGCUGAUAUCAAUAGUGAGCUGCUACUGGAUGCUCGAGCCAACGUGGAGGGGGCGUUGCAGGAUGGCGCUGAGAACUACGCUGAAACACCGCUCCAGCUGGCCUCUGCUGCAGGUAAUUUUGAGUUGGUCAGUCUACUUUUGGAGAGGGGAGCAGACCCCUUAAUUGGAACCACAUAUCGCAAUGGCAUUACUUCGGCUCCUUUAGGGGAUAUGAACUCAUACAGCCUCGCUGCAUCACAUGGGCACAGGAACGUUUUCCGGAAGCUUCUGUCCCAGUCGGAGAAGGACAAAGGCGACAUGAUGUCUCUAGAGGAGAUCCUGGCUGAGGGCUCAGAGGCUGGCGGGGAGAAACGAACAAGCCACUCGGAGGGCACCCUGCGCACAGGCAAGGCGAAACUGAGGGCCCUCCGAGAGGCCAUGUACCACAGCGCCGAACACGGCCAUGUGGACAUUACCAUAGACAUCCGCAGCUUGGGUGUACCGUGGACUCUGCACACAUGGCUGGAGUCUCUGAAGACAUGUUUUCUGCAGCAGCGACGGCCGCUGAUCCAGGGCUUGCUUAAAGACUUUAGCUGCAUCCAGGAGGACGAGUACACUGAAGAACUCAUCACACAUGGCCUACCGCUUAUGUUCCAGAUCCUCCGGGCCAGCAAGAACGAAGUCAUCAGCCAGCAGCUAGCUGUAAUCUUCACCCAAUGCUAUGGACCAUUUCCAAUUCCCAAACUGACAGAGAUCAAAAAGAAACAAACCUCACGACUGGAUCCACACUUCCUGAAUAACAAAGAGAUGUCAGAUGUGACUUUCCUGGUGGAGGGAAAACCAUUUUAUGCCCACAAGGUUCUGCUCUUCACAGCAUCAGCGAGGUUUAAGUCUCUGCUCUCCAAUCGACCCGCUGCAGAGAACACAUGCAUUGAAAUCAGUCACGUCAAGUACAACAUUUUUCAGUUGGUGAUGCAGUAUCUGUACUGCGGUGGCACUGAGUCACUGCACAUCAGAAACACUGAAGUCAUGGAGCUCCUGUCUGCAGCCAAGUUCUUCCAGCUUGAGGCCCUCCAGCGACACUGUGAGAUCAUCUGCUCCAAGAACAUCACCAUAGAAACCUGUGUGGACAUUUACAAACAUGCAAAGUUCCUGGGAGCCACAGAGCUGUCAACCUUCAUCGAAGGCUACUUUCUGAAGAACAUGGUGCUCCUGAUUGAGCUGGAGAACUUUAAGCAGCUCCUGUACGAGGUACCUGCUGAGAGCCCCAGCCCAGGCCCUUCCUACGAUGUGCUCAAUGAUGUGGAACAAACCCUGGCCACUCGCAUCCACUCCAUUCAUCUCUCCUCUUCCAAGGGCUCUGUCGUUUGAUUCCUGUUGCGUCUGAUACAGUGCAAGAUUUCACCCAUUUUGGCCUGCUGUGCGACUUUGGAUUCAUUGCAGCCUCCUUUUGGUGUCUUUGGCUGAUUUCUAGGAUGAAUGUUUGUGAGCUUAUGACAUCCACUGAUCUGUACCAAGAGGUUGCAGGUCUGUUUUUUUUUAAACUUCAGAGGCGUAUGUGCCAUUUCACAGGAUACAUUACGUGUCAUGCAAACACUUAACCAGCAUUCUGACAUGUAAUCGCUGGGCAAAAACAGACAUUUUACUACUAAAGAUGUCAUCUUCAUUCUGCUUAAGCUCCUGUGGACACCAUGAAUUGGGGUUUAGUCACUGCAUUUCCAUCACAUUAUCUUUCCCUCACCACUUGUCCAGCAACAGAUAUGGAAAAUAUUAAGUAAAGUUUUUUCCUUUCACCAGUCACCUUCAAGAUAAAGAACACGUCAAUCAAAAAUGCUCUAAUUACAGACUCAUGAGUGAAAACAUUGAACCAAUCUGCUAUAUCUAAUUAGAGUACACCUUUGAUAUCAAUGUGCCAUUCUCAAAUGAUAUAGAAGCUAUUUAUUUAUGCUAUGACUUUUGUUUGAGUUUACAUUAUUUGUAGCAGUAAAUAAGGAUUAGUAUGGAACAGUGGAUUAGUCUACAAAUUAGUUUGCAAACAGUGUAAAAGUGUGUGUGUGUGGGGGGGGGUCAUACGACAGAAUUUUUGUACAGCAAGAUUUUUUAUUCAGCAUCUGAUCUUAUUUAACGAUAGACAUGGUCUGUAGUUAGGAAGCAGUCUGUCUUACUGCCCUUGCUAAUUGUGCUCUCCUAGGUAACACAUCAUCCUCGCUGUAGGAAGUCCUGUGCUCCGUGUCCUAGUUCCUUUCUGCCCAGUUUUAAUGACCUAUGAAACCACCACUGUGCUUAGUACACUGAAAACUGAGCAGCUCAUCCUUGCCUUGAGGUUGUGUAAAAUGAAUAUUCUAUUUCAAUAAACUGCAUGGGCCAUUUGCAGCCUUUACAUUUUGUAAUAAAAAAAGAAACCAAUAAGGGAAUAAAAACAGUGCUAUUGAACUCCAUCAGUAUGUCGUUAAAGGAUGACUUUUCUUAAAUUCCAAACUGUGGACGCAAAGUGUGUGGGACUCACUACUGUGCAAGAGAAGACCGUUUCAUGGACUGCGAAUCGAAAACCAUGUACAGGAAGAUGCCAACACACUGGUCAGUACCACUAAGACUCUAUGAAGUGUACAUACUGCGAAUCCACGUCUGCAACUCUGCUUUGGUUAUAUGUGAUGCCAAGCUCAAGUGUUGCUGUUUUAAUUGUGCAAUUCUGUCAUUGCAAUUCUGUCAAAAUGCAUGUCUUGUGUUUUUGUUAGGUUUUUUUUUUUCUUCCCAUUUUGUUUUAUUUUUGUGUGUCCUUCGGUGUCAGUGUUAAACUGUCCUAGGACUGUAAUACCAGCAUGUAUGUGUGUGCGUGUGUGCGUGUGGGUGUGUGAAUGUGUGUUUCCACAUACUGAAACCCAAAGUAAUUAAUGUAUAGGGAAAAUAAUAAGGCACUUCAUCCAAAGAACAUCUGAAGUUACAGGCAUCAGAAGAAAUCCAAGACGAUGGUCUGUUUGUCCAUUUUAAUCUUUGUUAUAAUUUGCACCCGUAAUGGCAACCCAGUAAUCCCAGUAUAUCAUGUAUUUUAUACACGGAGCACAUAAAAUAUAGAGCGUUGGUAUGCAACUUUUAAGAAAAGUAAAUGGAGAGACAUUUAAUGAUGGAUUGAAUGUUCUGUAAUUAGCAUUUUAUGUAUCAGGAGCUGUACAUGACAAACUAGAAUGUUUCAUUGGAUGAGAAGGUUGGUUAAUCUUCCUGUUUCCAAUGUGUAAUAAGAGAUUUAAGAGCGUUAAGAGUUUAUUCAUAUGUAGCUAACAAAGGGAUGAUAUCGUGAUGCAAAUAAUUAUAAACUGUGAAGAUUAUUUUAUUUGAAAUCAUAGUAGCUUUAUUUUCUUACAAUAUAUGUCAUAUUGUUA